AUGGUUCUCGUCUUGCCAAGUUUCGAUAUCUUCUCCUCGCUUGUCAAGGAUGUUGUAUCCCCAACUCUGGGACUGGCUGUUAAAGUCUCCGGCGAUGAGGAAGCCGCUGCCUGGAACCUGGAUAGUGUCAAGGGACAGCAUCUUGUCACUGGGGCAGUAGUAGUUGAUGACAUGGAGGACGCUGUUUGUGAUGGGAACGUCGCUCUAAACGGAACCUGCAAUCAGAGCACUGUGCUUAACAAUGAGGCUAUCUAUGUUUGCACUGGCGUUAUAGAUGGAAGUAAAGACGGAGUUACAAAUUGCGCCCAUACUGGGGCGAAUGAUCCAAAUCCUCGUUUGUCAGUGUUUCUGAAACACAGCUAUUUCAUUCACAAACUGGUCUUCUACGCACGGACGGGUUGGACAACAAGACUGCAACAUAUUUUAGUCUACUUCGAUGGUGCAUGUGUACAUAAUGUCACCUAUAACGCUACAAUCGUCUACUGGAAUAUAUCAGAAACAUCCCGUCUACAAGCAAAAAAUAUUACUCUCCGUAGAGAAGUAUUUUACGACGACGAUUACUAUAAGCUCGUAAACUUCUGCGAGUUGGAGAUUUAUACGUGCAAGAGAAAGUUGUGGGGUCCACGUUGUGAUAAACCGUGUGAUGUCAACUGCGCAGAGUGCAAAGACAGUGCUAGCAAAUGCCUAGAAUGUGAAGAGGGAUAUUGGGGAGCAAACACCUGCCCCAAUAACUGUGGUCAAGGGUGUGAGUCCGGCCUCUGCAACGUCACAGACGGAACCUGUCAAUGUAGAAAACAGGGACAACACUGGGUGUCUCCAAAGUGUGAAAGAUGCUCAAAGGAUUAUUGGGGUGCGAAUUGUACACACGAGUGUAGUAAGACAUGUACUGGAACAGACCAGGAAGGCUACUGCGAUAAUACCACUGGUCAAUGUUUAAAAGGUUGCAGUGCGGGUUACUGGGGAGACAACUGCAGUACGACCUGUGGACAAGGAUGUGGAAACACAUGCAACGCUAAGGAUGGGACGUGUGAUUGUCAAGUAGGCUGGAAACCUCCAAGGUGUGAAGGAUGCUCAAAGGAUUAUUGGGGUGCGAAUUGUACACACGAGUGUAGUAAGACAUGUACUGGAACAGACCAGGAAGGCUACUGCGAUAAUACCACUGGUCAAUGUUUAAAAGGUUGCAGUGCGGGUUACUGGGGAGACAACUGCAGUACGACCUGUGGACAAGGAUGUGGAAACACAUGCAACGCUAAGGAUGGGACGUGUUAUUGUCAAGUAGGCUGGAAACCUCCAAGGUGUGAAGUACCAUCAUGCACUUGUGGAGGAGCAGGAUGUGAAGGAGACAACAAAUACGUGUUCUCCGAGCUUUCCCGUAAAAUAAACGUCGCAGUCGGUAAAAACUCUAUUGCAAGUACAACUCUGAAGGCACCGAAACCUGUUUCUGGUCCGGCUUGUCUUGCUAAUAAUGGCAAGACAGAGUCAACCAUGGUAGCCAUACCUUCAAGUGCUCCCGAAUGCAUGUCCACUGCUGAAGGUGAUCUUAAACCUUUCUGGCAAGUCGACCUGGGGGAGCAGUAUGUAGUUGCUGGAAUCUUAAUUGAAUGGGACAAUCAGAUGAAAUCUCUAUUUGGAAUCAGAGUGCUUCUGGAUGGUAAACAGCUUUACUAUUCCGAGAAACCAAUGACGAACCCAACUGAGGUGGCUGCAAAUGAUCUCGGUCAAGUUGUGAAGCUGCAGCGAGAAAAAUUUCAGGACAACAAAGAGUGGGACGAUCCACUAUUAAGGAUUUGUGAAGUUGAAGUUUACACCUGUCGGCCAGGAUAUUACGGCUCUGACUGUCAAGGAAUCUGCGAAAGGCCAGUCUGUGAGAAUUUACAGAUUUGCAGUCCCCUUGACGGGUCAUGCCCACAGGACGCCCCAGUUGCAGAGCUUGACUGUUCGAAACUGAUCAUUGUGGCGGGCUGCUUUGUCCACGUUCUCGUCGUCGCACUCUGCAUUCUUGCUGCAAAGGUUCUUCCGAGAAAGAAGAGGUCUGGCACUAAACCAGGGAAGCACCAAACAGAUAAAGACCAAACUAAAAGUGAUGAUGAAAAUAAAGAAGAUAAAGGUGAUGAUAAAGGUGAACAAAGUAGUCAAGGCGGUGAAGAAGAAAAAGAGGGAGCAUCAUCUGUCGAAGAAGCUGAAUCUCAGAUGUAGAAGCGAUGGUACAAUCCGUUAAGUCCGCUGAGAAGACGUUUUGCUGGUAACAAGCUAGAACCUAGUUGCAGACUUGUCCACGUCUCUCGCAAUGGCCGCUGCUUAGCACCGUGUUACACUUGAUUUCCUGUUUGAUAUUGUGCUCAUAUACGUGGCAUAUUUUUAUUGUUAUUUUAUUCACUCUUUGAUGAAUUAAAAAAGGUUUCACUUUAAGUUUACUUUUUUCUAAAGUAACCAGUGUAAGUUUAUCAUUACAUCUUUUGCUUCCAUUCAUGCUGCGUUACUUUAUUCACUCUUUGUUGAAUUUAAACAUGUUGCCCGUUCUAAAUUUCUCUAAAGCAAUCUAGCAGAAAUAUUUGUAGAUCCCUAGAAAUGCUCAGAGCAAACACAGUAUUAACCAUCUUUAAGCAGAAGACAGGGAGAAAGCCCGAGAAAAGAGCCGCGGGUAAAUAAAAGAAAGACAAUGCUAUGAGUGAAAAAAUGUUGCUUUGCAUUUGUGAUUAUAAGAUUUUUUAAUUUGCUGGUUUAUGGAAUUAAUUUAUAGUUUGAAACGUUUUGUAAUGUAAGUGCUGUCAAACGAUUGUAUACAUUGAAAUAAGUUUGUCUUCCUUGUAACAUUUGUAAGAGCUUGGCUUUGCCUCACAAAUGUUGACACUGUGACUUUUUUAAUUGAAUGUCUGCUUUUUCUCCUUUUGACUCCUUUAAAAAGGAUGACCAACACAUGGAUAGAUGACUAAUUUAUUGUUGUUUUGCAUUUGUGAUUAUAAAAGUUUUGAAAUAGUUUGGUUAUUGAAUUGACAUCUUUAAAGGUUUUGUGAUUGAAAUGCUGUCAAAAGGUUGUAUACGUUGAAAUAAAUUUGCUUUUAUUGUAA